AUGUUAUCUACAAUGAAUCUUGAAGAACCAAUAGCCAUAAUAGGUAUCGCUUGCGAAUAUGCUGGAGACAUUCAUUCGCCAGUUGAUUUUUGGGAUGCUCUUGAGCAUAGUCGAGAUGUGAGCAGUGACAUUCCUCGGGAUCGAACUGAUAUUAUGUCUUACUUCGCUCAUAUGCUCAAGAAAGAUAACGAUGGGCUUCUAUCGAAGCAGCUCUUCAAACGAGGAUAUUUCCUUUCUGCGUCACAAUGGGAUAUGUUUGAUUCAGGUUUUUUCGACUUACCAAAGGAAACAGCUGCUAGUAUCGAUCCAUGUCAUCGCUUAUUGAUGUUGAAGUUUGUUCAUUUACUCGAGGACGCUGGUUACUCAUUAGAAAAAAUACAAGGAACAAAAACAUCUAUACACUAUGCACAACUCUCCAUGGAUCAUAAUAUUUUGACCUUCCGUAUGAGACCUGAACAUCUGUCGAGAUUUCAAGGAUCGAAUACACUGCGUUUCAACGGGCCAUCUCGACUGUCAUAUCAUUUCAACCUGCAAGGUUCAAAUCGAUCUCUUGAUAUCGCUUGUGCAUCAGCCCUUCAAGGUGUUCAACUGGCAAUACAAACUCUUCGUCUCCGCGAAGCAGAUCUGGCUGUGUGCGGGGGUGCAAACUCCAUGUAUGCACCUGAAACAUGUCUUCAUGGAUCGACAAUGGGCGCCAUAUCGACUGAUGGCAGAAGCCGUUCUUUCAGUAUCGAUGCUAAUGGCUAUGCUAAAGCGGAAGGACUUGGACUUCUUCUUCUGAAACGUUUAAGCGACGCUGAACGUGAUGGUGAUCGUAUCUAUUGUGUGUUACGUGAUGUUUCGAGUAAUAGUGAUGGAAACGAAGACCAGCGAAGCUUUCUCGCUCCAUCUGGGACUGGACAACUAAGAUUAUUGAAAAGCAUCUAUGAACGAACCAGAAUAGAUCCUAAGCGUGUCUUCUACGUUGAAGCGCAUGGCACAGGCACACCAAUAGGUGACCCUACUGAAACCAAUGCUGUAGGAGAAUUUUUCAGACGUACGUCAUCGGAUCCUCCUUUACGAAUAGGCUCUGUAAAAAGUAAUCUCGGGCACACAGAAGCACUAUCCGGUAUUACUAGCCUUAUCAAAACUGCACUGUGUAUGUACCAUCGAGCUAUUUCGCCCAAUAUGCACUUUAAAGCACUCAAUCCGAAAAUACAAGCUGAUCGUUACCAUAUAGAAAUAGUCCAACAUCUUGUACCAUUUCCACCUCUAUCCGACAGGAAUCCCGUUCUUAUUGGUGUCAAUUCUUUUGGCUUGGGUGGCAACAAUGCACACGCAAUUAUAGAAGAAUACCAACCGAAUCGUAUAUCAACUGAUCAGGGUUCUGAUAAUAAGUGUUUAUGCGAUAACAUAGACCAUUCAGAGAAUAGACAACAUUUUAUUUUCAUCUUCUCGGCGAGAAGUCAGCAAUCUCUCAAACAGCAAGUGGCGAAUUUCAAAGAUUGGCUCCAACGAACUUUAUCAUCAAAGAAUAUAUCUGAUUCGGUUCUCUUUGCUGAUAUCGCUCGACAAUUAUUAAUCAAGCGCACGAUUAGUCAUCCUGAUUUAGCUAUACUUGUUUUUGCUAAUCGUAACCAGUUGCAAGAACAAAUUAAUUCCUUUAUGGACGGACAUACAGUUUCGGGACUUUUUCUGGCACAACGUCCGAUAAAGCAUAAAUUUUUCAAACUUUGUUUCGUUUUUAGCGGGCAAGGUUCUGAAUGGUGGGCUAUGGGGAAACAAUUAUACAAUAGCGAGCCAGUCUUCAAUUACUGGAUUCAUAAGAUUUCGAAUGUCUUUACUGAAAUCAAUGAUGGAAAAUGGUGCUUAUUGCAUGAACUAGUUGAAACUAAAAACGAGAUGGAAUCUCGUAUUAAAGAAAUAGAAAUCGGCCAGUCUGCUCUAUUCGCUGUUCAAAUUGCUUUAGCUGCCCUCCUCGUUUCCUGGAAUGUUUACCCGAAGAUGAUCGUCUCCUAUGGGUUUGGAGAAUGUGCAGCAGCAUACGUAGCUGGUCGCAUUACUUUGCCAGAAGCAGUGCGGAUUGUUUACUAUCGCUCACGUUUCGAUCAUGCUAUGAUUAAUCGAAACUAUCGCAACUUAACAAUAUCUAUGAGUGAAGAAGAAGUUCAAAGACUUAUCAUGAAGGACUAUGAGCAUCUUGUCCGCAUUGUGGAAGUUAAUACUCCUAAUUCGGUAACAUUAUGUGGCCAAGAGAAGACAAUCACCGAAUUGCAGACGAUUCUUUCGUUGCUCCAUCCAAAUAUUAUUCACUCAAUUUCUCCUGUUAGAAAUACACUUUCAUUGGAGGAUAUAGAUCCGCCAGGCAAUCGAGAAUGGUUUAAAUCUUCACUCAAAGACAUCAAUGGUUGUCGACCAAAAGAUUUAUCAACAGUUUUUAACGAGCAAUGUUCCACAGCUCGCUACUAUUCAAGUACAUGUGGCAGUGAAGUUACAGACCAGACACUGGAUGUCGACUUCUGGCUGCAUAAUGUUCAACAUUGUAUUAAUUUCAUUGACGCUAUUACAAACAUUAUUCAAGAGAAGAUCCCAACUGCAUUCAUUGAACUAUCGCCUGAACCGACUUUGAUUGCGUCGAUUCGUGAAUCCUUCGAACUUAAUAAUUUGCACUGUAUUGCCUUGCCUGCCUUAAUACAAAAAGAAGAUGAGCAGACAACCAUAUUGAGUAGUGUCGCUCAAUUGACCUCGGCACCUGACGUCUGGCAACAGUAUUUACGAACGCGUUACAUUCAACCUACAGAAAAUCAUUCCAAAAUAUUCGAUUCGUUUCCAUUGUACUCAUUCAAUCUAGUUCCGUGCUGGUACGAAUCUAGAGAAUUAACUAUUGAACGUUUGGCAACUCGUUCUCCACUGCAUCCGUUACUUGGAGUUCGCCAAUGGAUCGGCCAAACUAUUCCAACAUGGAGAGGUCUAAUUAAUAUCAAUCUUCCAGAAAAUGCUUUUUUGAAAGAUCAUCAAAUUCAAGGUGUUAUACUCUUUCCUUCACUUUGUUUCCUUGAACUUGUCACAGCUGCCUAUCAACAAUUGUAUCCAUUUCAAAAUGAUGAGCAAUCACAGAUCGUAUUAGAAGAUAUCGAGUUUUUUCGGCAUCUCUUACUUACAGAACAAAAAUUGACGGAAAUAUUUACACAAAUCAAUUCAACUCUGCGUGAAUGGUUCGUAUACAGCCGUCCGUGGAGAUCACCCGGUGAAGAAUGUAUGCGUGCAUCAGGUCUAUCCGGCACUGACGUGCUACCUUCGUUCACUGAUUUGCACAUACUUAAUGGAUAUUCGUUAAAUGAAUUCACGUUACAUGCUCAUGGACGUAUUCAGAUCAACACGAAGGAAAAAGCAUCAGCCUCGAUAUUUCCGAAGAAUUGUACUUCCGAAAUUUGGUCGGCGGAUACUUCGUCUGCCAUAUAUGCUCACUUAUCAAACUCAGGGUAUCAGUAUGGAUCAUCUUUCCGUUUGGUCGAAACCUUACAUGGUAUGAAAUCGGUGAUAAAAGCUCGAAUUAACAAUGAUAAAGUUGAGCCGGCGGAUUCUGAGCAAUAUAUGAUACUCCAUCCUACAACGCUGGAUUCUUGUCUACAUCCACUUUUCUUUUUGUUACCUGACAUUCAAGCAACUUUGCUUCCCAAGUCUAUACAAAAACUCACAGUUUCUAAAAAUGCACUGGCACUCGAUGGACAAAUCUACGUGCAUGGAAACCUUUGCUCCAAAGUUUAUAAGUCUGAUACGAGAGAAACAUAUCAGUUUGAUUUGAUUGUUGCAUCCAACAAUAAGACUUUUGAAAAUCCGUACUUAGUCUUCGAACAGCUAGCAAUGCAAGGUGUUUCUAACCUUGAUCCAGAAUCAAACAUAAGCAAGCUAUCAGUAUUCGAGAAAAUUAGGAGUUCGGUUAAAGUUCUUCAUACUAGUCUUGCUGAAAAUCUCAAAGCGAUUAAACGUGAAUAUUGUUUCACAAGGACCUGGACAGAUAUCCCUUGUGCAAUGAACAUUGCCAAUCUUUUGCCAUCACCAGCAAUAAUUACCAAGGACACGAGUAGUCUCACUAUCGAUCCUGAUUUUAAUGAAUCGAUCCCAAAAUUUAACGGUUUGGCUGCAUGCUACGCUCAGUUAGCUCUCGAACAGUUGAAAAACAAAGUUGUAGAUGAAAGAAACAAAAUGCUAUUAAAUGUUUGUUGUUCACUUGCUUCUGAACUGCAAGAACAAGCAACAUUUCGCUCCACAAAACUUAUCCUCGCCUCAUUACUUGAGCAAUAUCCCAAAUUCAAUUUAAUACUGAAUAUAAUGGCUGAAAAUGGUAACCGUCUCGCGCCUUUCCUGAGUGCAAUACAUGAUGGAUCCGAUAAUUUGUCAGAUGGCGGUAAGAUGAAAGACGCAUUGGCAUUAUUAGAUGCGCAGUUAUUCAGGAAAACAACAGAUUUUCUUCUUCGCGCGAUUGUCCUACAUCUUCGAACAAAAGUAGAUAGAGAAGGACAGAGUUACCCUAAAGGAUAUCGAUUACGUGUGCUAUGGCUUGAUGCUAAUGACAAUUUCGAUAUCAAUCGUACGAUUCAAUCCUUGUAUGAUCUAUCGUAUGAAGUAGGUCUAAAUAUCGAAUUGCAUUAUAUGGAUACAGAUCCAAUCCGAUUACAACAUACUCAAAAAAUGUCUGAUGCUAAAAUGAAAGACCAAAAUGGAUUUCGAAUCAAAUACAUGGAGAAACCCGAUUUCUCUCACGCCACUCUGUUUAAUGAUAUCGGAAAUGAAUGGUAUGAUAUAGUUUUUACUGGUAACUUAGCACAAAAUACACAAAACGUCGUACAUUACAUCUAUUUUCUUCGUCGUAUCCUUGCUUCAAAUGGUUUACUCUUGUUAUCUGAAUUCACUUCAGUUCCAGACUAUUUCGAUCUUAUUUUUGGUUUGUCUCGUCAAUGGUGGUCACCGUCCGAAAACAGUCGUGCCGUUCUCGACAUCAAACAAUGGGAAGAAAUCUUUCAGAGAAUUGAUGGAUUUAGUACAAUGCAAACAGUACUUGGUCAGUUCGGUACUUCGUUGAUUAUUGCUCAAAAAUCAGCAUCGAAUCAUAUGCUUAUGACUUUCGAUGAGCGUAAAGAUCAAAUUUGGCUAAUUUUAACUGCUGGUGAUUGUGAUGGGAUUAGUGACUCGUUAAUAUCCCUUUUACCCCACAAUAAAAUCCAGGUUAACUAUAGUCAGUCUAAUUUUGAAAACCUUUCUUCCACUAUAAAACAGCUAAUGAGCGAUUACAACCAAGUUCAUAUAAUUUUUAAUUGGACACUGAAACCUAUGAUGGAGGAUGAGGGCUGGAAUAUGAUUUUUGCACAACAUGAAGUGGUGGUCUGUAAUGCACUGAUACAUAUGAUCAAUGUAAUCGAAGAAACAAAACCUCAAUUUUAUCCCUUUAUUUACAUUCUUACUAGACAUGCCCAACCAGUUGGUAGCUGUCAAUUCAAUGUUACGGCAACUACCUUCGUAGGGCUUGUACACAGUAUGAUGAUGCAGUACAAAUCACAUCGAUUGAAACUGAUUGAUUUACAAGCACCCCCAGGUUUUUUUAAUAAGUCUGUUCUCAUCACCGCUCUCGUCAAUCAUCUUUAUGUAUGCCAAAAUGCAGAUGAUCUAGACGAAUCUAUUCUAUGCCUAGAGAGUGAUAAUGGAGUAGUUAAACACAAACAAUGCCAGUAUAAAACACUAGAGAAUCGAAAGAAAGAAAUGACAGAAUCGAACUCAAGUAGAUUAUACAUAGUUCCUUACCAGGAUGCAGAUCAGCAGCCAUUUCGCCUUAAAAUGCCUUCAUCUCACUGUCUUACUGACCUGUGCUGGAUUCCUGAUCGAAUAUUAUACAACAGUCAUGUCAGUACUGUCUUAGUUCGCGUUCAUAGUGUCAACCUACAUGCUUAUGAUAUAUUAAAAAUGCUUGGUCUUCAGCCAAGCCUCCCUACUUUAGCUGAUCAAGACAUGGAACGUACCUCUGACUUUGUCGGUACCGUGAUUCGUUCUUCUUCUGGAUAUGACUUUUCGAUAGGCACCCGCGUUGUUGGCAUUUGCAGUGGUGAAGUACUUCGUUCGCACAUUACUGUCGAUACACAUCAGAUUGUAUGUAUUCCAAACGUGCUUAACUAUAUAAGUGAUGAAGAUAUUGCGGUUCUGUCAACUAGUUGCCUAACAGUUAUAUACGCAUUGAAACAUCGUGUAAAUCUGAAAUCCGAUCAGAUUGUUCUUAUACACUCAGGAAUGAGUGUAAUUGGUCAAAUAUGCAUUCAAUUCUGUCUAGCGAUUGGUGCUCAUGUUUUAGCUACGGCUGAAACGGAACAGGAUUGCCACAAACUUCGCGAAAGGUAUGGCAUACAACAUGUAUUUGGCAGUCAUGAUCACAACUUUGUGCAAAGCAUACAAACUGUAUACCCCAAGGGCAUCGACAUCAUUUUUGGUUCGAAUAUGGACGCAAGACUUCAACAACUGGACAUCCUGCUCUGUCGACAAGAACUAAAACCUGGUUGCAGCUAUCAUGAUAUCGACAUUGCUUCACUGAUUAAAGACUCUUCUCCUCUAUGUAUCGAUAUGCUUCAUGAUAUGCUAAAUCUACUAGAGGGUGGUGAGCUCAAACCAGUGAUAACCAUGCUUCCAUACGAACCUUCAGAAGUAAUCGAAGCAUUCACACAGUAUAUUCGUCAUGAGGGGGAAAAUAGUGCAGUACUUCGUGUCGCAAAUUCUAAACAACUGUUAAAUCUAAGUUCUUCAAAUGAAGGACACUUAGAUAUAGAUAACACCGAACUGUUUCCCUCUCAGUUACGAAAACACGGAACUAUCAUUAUUGCAGGUGCCUUCUUCGAGUUUGAGUUAAUGCUCUGUCUCUGGAUGAUAGAACAACGAAAUAUAAAACAUAUUGUAUUUUUAAGCCAAGAGCACAUAGAACAAUUAGAGCAUGAAACCAAUCCGCAGUAUCAGAAAUGGCUGAAGGUGAAACGAGCUGCGAAAUCACACGCCUGUCAUCUUGAAGUAAAACAAGUUGAUUUAGCCAAAAUGGAGCAAGUUUAUCAAUUUUUUCAAGAAAUUUGUGAGACUCCUUUUCUAGUAUAUGGUAUCUUCCUUAGUGCUAACAUUGCAGAACCUUCGAACAGAACUAUUCUUUCUAGAGAGAAAUUAUUUUCUCUUCUCGAGGCUAAAGUUCGUGCAGUAUGGCAUUUGCAUCUUGCGACAAAACUUCUAUCUGUUAUACCUCAGUUCUUCAUAUUAUUCUCAUCGGUUUGCGACCGCUCGAUCAAUGCACUAACUUUAGUUCAAAAUACUGUUCAUGAUUACUUUGAUGGGCUUGCUUUGUAUCGCGUGAACGAUCUUCGCAUGCCAGCUAUGUCGAUCAGUUGGCCACAUAUGAGUACGAUGGAUAUGUUCCACAGAGGCUCUAAUAUGAGAGACGACCAUGCAAAUGAAGAUGUUAUAGAAGUGCUACCUCUUACUACCAUUUUCGAACUAACCGAAAACUUACAGGCCGAUCAAACGAUUUCUACAUGCCCUUUUAUUUUUCCCGUUGAUUGGAGCAAGCUGCAAAAGAAAGUGAAUCCAUCCAGUUGGUACUUAACGGAGAAUUUAAUAAAUAAACAUUGCGGCACUGAAGACGCACUAAAAACCCCAUCGCUGAACAGUCGUUCGACACAAUGGCCUCGUAAUUGUUUAGAGAAAAAGAUUGAGAAAAUGAAAUUGAUCACGACUAGCCUACUAGGGCUCGAUAAAGAUAUUAGUAUGCCUAUGCACCACUCUUUGGUCAGUCUAGGGAUGCGACCGUUAGCCGCAAUCGCAUUACACAACUGGCUAAAAAAAGAAAUGAACGUUGUAAUUGCAACUGUUGAUCUUCUUCAAGAUGUUUCUAUGAACGAUAUUAGACAGCAUCCGGUGACCAGUAAAAUAGCGGUCAAAAUAUCUAUAAGACAAAUUUUAUCAUUACCGGGUUCANGUUCUCCACUGCAUCCGUUACUUGGUGUUCGCCAAUGGGUCGGGCAAACUAUUCCAACAUGGAGAGGUCUAAUUAAUAUCAACCUUCCAGAAAAUGCUUUUUUGAAAGAUCAUCGAAUUCAAGGUGUUAUACUCUUUCCUUCACUUUGCUUCCUUGAACUUGUCACAGCUGCCUAUCAACAAUUGCAUCCAUUUAGAAAUAAUGAGCAAUCACAGAUCGUAUUAGAAGAUAUCGAGUUUUUUCGGCAUCUCUUACUUACAGAACAAAAACUGACGGAAAUAUUUACACAAAUUAAUGUAACUCUGCGUGAAUGGUUCGUAUACAGCCGUCCGUGGAGAUCACCCAGUGAAGAAUGUAUGCGUGCAUCAGGUCUAUCCGGCACUGAUGUGCUACCUUCGUUCACCGAUUUGCACAUACUUAAUGGAUAUUCGUUGAAUGAAUUCACGUUACAUGCUCAUGGACGCAUUCAGAUCAACACGAAGGAAGAAGCAUCAGCUUCGAUAUCUCCGAAGAAUUGCACUUCCGAAAUUUGGUCGGCUGAUACUUCGUCUGUAAUAUAUGCUCACUUAUCAAACUCAGGGUAUCAGUAUGGAUCAUCUUUCCGCUUGGUCGAAGCCUUACAUGGUAUGAAAUCAGCGAUAAAAGCCCGAAUUAACAAUGAUAAGGUUGAGCCAGCGGAUUCUGAGCAAUAUUUGCUACUCCAUCCUGCAAUGCUGGAUUCUUGUCUACAUCCACUUUUCUUCUUAUUACCUGAUAUUCAAACAACUUUGCUUCCCAAGUCUAUACAAAAACUCACAGUUUAUAAAAGCGCACUGGAACCCGAUGAACAAAUCUACGUGCACGGAAACCUUUGCUCCAAAGUUUACAAGUCUGAUUCGAGAGAAACAUAUCAGUUUGAUUUGAUUGUUGCAUCCAACAAUAAGGCUUUUCAAAAUCCGUACUUAGUCUUCGAAAAGUUAGCAAUGCAAGAUGUUUCUAACCUUGAUCCAGAAUCAAACAUAAGCAAGUCAUCAGUAUUCGAGAAAAUUAGAAGUUCGGUUAAAGUUCUUCGUACUAGUCUUGCUGAAAAUCUCAAAGCAAUUAAACGUGAAUAUUGUUUCACAAAGACCUGGACAGAUAUCCCUUGUGCAGUGAACAUUGCCAAUCUUUUGCCAUCACCAGCAAUAAUUACGAAGAACACGAGCAGUCUUACUAUUGAUCCUGAUUUUAAUGAAUCGAUCCCGAAAUUUAAUGGCUUGGCUGCAUGCUACGCUCAGUUAGCUCUCAAACAGUUGAAAAACAAAGUUGUAGAUGAAAGAAACAAAAUUCUAUUAACUGCUUGUUGUUCACUUGCUUCUGAACUGCAAGAACAAGCAACAUUUCGUUCCACGAAACUUAUUCUCGCCUCGUUACUUGAGCAAUAUCCCAAAUUCAAUUUCAUACUGAAUGUAAUGGCCGAAAAUGGUAACCGUCUCGUGCCUUUCCUAAGUGCAAUACAUGAUGGCUUCGAUAAUCUGUCAGACGACGGUAAGAUGAAAGACGCAUUGGCAUUAGUAGACGUGCAAUUAUUCGGAAAAGCAACAGACUUUCUUCUUCGCGCGAUCGCUUUACAUCUUCGAACAAGAACAGAUAGAGAAGGACAGAGUUAUCUCACAGGACAUCGAUUACGUGUGCUGUGGCUUGGUGCAAAUAACAAUUUCGAUAUCAAUUGUGCGAUUCAAUCUUGGUAUGAUCUCUCGUAUGAAGUAGGUCUGAACAUCGAAUUACAUUAUAUGGAUACAGAUCCAAUCCGAUUACGACAUGCUCAAAAAAUGCUUGAUGCUAAAAUCAAAGAUCAAAACGGAUUACGAAUCAAAUACAUGGAGAAACCCGAUUUCUCUCACGACACUCUGUUUAAUGAUAUCGGAAAUGAAUGGUAUGAUAUCGUUUUUACUGGUAACUUAGUGCAAAAUACACAAAACGUCAUACAUUACAUCCAUCUUCUUCAUCGUAUCCUUGCUCCAAAUGGUUUACUCUUGUUAUCUGAAUUCACUUCAGUUCCAGACUAUUUCGAUCUCAUUUUUGGUUUGUCUCGUCAAUGGUGGUCAUCGCUCGGAAACAGUCGUGCCGCUCUCGACGUCAAACAAUGGGAAGAAAUCUUUCAGAGAAUAGACGGAUUUAGCACCGUGCAAACAGUACUUGGUCAGUUCGGUACUUCAUUAAUUAUUGCUCAAAAAUCAAGAUUGAAUCAUAUUAUUACGAAUUUCCAUGAGCGUAAAGAUCAAAUUUGGCUCAUUUUAGCUGCUGGUGAUUGUGACGGGAUUAGUGACGCGUUAAUAUCCCUUUUACCUCACAAUAAAAUCCAAGUUAACUAUAGUCAGUCUAAUUUUGAAAACCUUUCUUCCACUAUGAAACAGUUAAUGAGCCACUACAACCAAGUUCACAUCAUUUUUGAUUGGGCACUGGAACCUGUGGUAGAGCAUGAAGACCGGAAUAUGAUGUUUGCACAACAUGAAGUGACGGCCUUUAAUGCACUGAUGCAUAUGAUCGAUGUAAUCGAAGAAACAAAGCCUCAAUUUUAUCCCUUCAUUUACAUUCUUACUAGACAUGUCCAAUCAAUUGGUAGCUGUCAAUUCAAUGUUACGGCAACAACCUUCGUAGGUCUUGUACACAGUAUGAUGAUGCAGUACAAAUCGCAUCGAUUGAAACUGAUUGAUUUACAAGCACCCUCAGGCUUUUCUAAUAAACCUGUUCUCAUCACUGCUCUCGUUAACCACCUUAUAGUAUGCCAAAAUGCAGAUGAUCUGGACGAAUCUGUUCUAUACCUAGAGAGUGAUAAUGGAGUAGUUAAACACAAACAAUGCCAGUAUACAACACUAGAGAAUCGAAAGAAAGAAAUGACAGAAUCGAACUCAAGUAGAUUAAACAUAGUUCCUUGCCAAGAUGCAGAUCAGCAGCCAUUUCGCCUUAAAAUGCCUUCAUCUCACUGUCUUACUGACAUAUGUUGGAUUUCUGAUCGAAUAUUAUACAACAGUCAUGUCAGUACUGUCUUAGUCCGCGUUCAUAGUGUCAACCUACAUGCUUAUGAUAUAUUAAAAGUGCUUGGUCUUCAGUCAAGUCUUCAUACUUUAGCUGAUCAAGACAUGGAACGUACCUCCGACUUUGUCGGUACCGUGAUUCGCUCUUCUUCUGAAUCUGACUUUUUGAUAGGCACCCGAAUUGUUGGCAUUUGCAGUGGUGAAGUACUUCGCUCGCACAUUACUGUUGAUGCACAUCAGAUUGUAUGUAUUCCAAGCGUGCUUCACUAUAUAAAUGACGAAGAUAUUGCGGUUCUGCCAACUAGUUGUCUAACAGUUAUAUACGCAUUGAAACAUCGUGUAAAUCUAAAAUCCAAUCAGGUUGUUCUUGUACACUCAGGAAUGAGUGUAACUGGUCAAAUAUGCAUUCAAUUCUGUCUAGCGAUUGGUGCUCAUGUUUUAGCUACAGCUGAAACGGAACAGGAUUGCCAUAAUCUUCGCGAAAGGUAUGGUAUACAACAUGUGUUUGGCAGUCAUGAUCGCAACUUUGUGCAAACCAUACAAACUGUAUACCCCAAGGGCAUCGAUAUCAUUUUUGCUUCGAAUAUGGAUGCAAGACUUCAACAACUGGACACCCUACUCUGUCAACAAGGUCAUUUGAUUCGGUGGGGAAAGCCAGUCAUGCCUGGCGAAAAUAAUUCAUCUGUGAUAUCAUUAAAAUCUGGUUGCAGCUAUCAUGAUAUCGACAUCGUUUCACUCAUUAAAGACUCUUUUCCUUUAUGUAUCGAUAUGCUUCAUGAUAUGUUAAACCUACUAGAGGGUGGUAAGCUCAAACCAGUUAUAGCCAUGCUUCCAUACGAACCAUCACAAGUAAUCGAAGCAUUCACACAGUAUAUUCGUCAUGAGGGAAAAAAUAGUGUAGUACUUCGUGUCGCAAAUUCCAAACAACUGUUAAAUCUAAGUUCUUCACAUGGAGGACACUUAGAUAUAGAUAACAUCGACCUGUUCCCUUCUCAGUUACGGAAACACGGAACUAUCAUUAUUGUAGGUGCCUUCUUCGAGUUUGAAUUAAUGCUCUGUCUCUGGCUGAUAGAACAACGGAAUAUAAAACAUAUUGUAUUUUUAAGCCAAGAGCACAUAGAACAACUAGAGCAUGAAAUUAAUCCGCAGUAUCAGGAUUGGUUGAAGGUGAAACGAGCUGCGAAAUCACACGCCUGUCAUCUUGAAGUAAAACAAAUUGAUUUAGCCAGAAUGGAACAAGUUUAUCAGUUUUUUCAAGAACUUUGUGAAGCUCCGUUUCUAGUAUAUGGUAUCUUCCUUAGUGCUAACAUUGCAGAACCUUCGAACAGAACUAUUCUCUCCAGAGAGAAAUUAAUUUCUCUCCUCGAGGCUAAAGUUUGUGCAGCAUGGCAUUUGCAUCUUGCGACAAAACUUUUAUCUGUUACACCUCAGUUCUUCAUAUUAUUCUCAUCGGUUUGCGACCGCUCGAUCAAUGCACUAACUUUAGUUCAAAAUACUGUUCAUGAUUACUUUGAUGGGCUUGCUCUGUACCGCGUGAACGAUCUUCGCAUGCCGGCUAUGUCGAUCAGUUGGCCACAUAUGAAUACGAUGGAUAUGUUCCAUAGAGAUUCCAAUAUGAUAGACGACCAUGCAAAUGAAGAUAUUAUAGAAAUGUUACCUCUUACUACCAUGUUCGAACUAGCCGAAAACUUACAGGCCGAUCAAAUGAUUUUUACAUGCCCAUUUAUUUUUCCCGUUAAUUGGAGCAAGCUGCAAAAAAAAGUGAAUCCAUUCAGUUGGUAUUUAACGAAGAAUCUAAGAAAUAAACAUUGCAGCACUGAAAGCAAAAAAAAAACUUCAUCGUUGAACAGUCGUUCAACAGAAUGGCAUCGUAAUUAUUUAGAGGAAAAGAUUGAGAAAAUGAAAUCGAUCACGAAUAGCCUUCUAGGGCUCGAUGAAGAUAUUAGUACGCCUAUGCAUCACUCUUUGGCCAGUCUAGGGAUGCGACCGUUAGCCGCAAUCGCAUUACACAACUGGUUAAAAAAAGAAAUGAACGUUGUGAUUGCAACUGUUGAUCUUCUUCAAGAUGUUUCUGUUGACGGUAUUGUAAAACGCUUCGUUGACACAUUCGGAAACCAAGAUCAUAUCGAGUUAUCACCAACGAAUACUGCUACCUAA